AUACUGACACGUUUCUAUCCCAAACCAGCUGCUGACUCCUUCAGCCACAAGGCGUUCUUCGCCAAGGUUGGCCUGGCCGCCAAGUCCUCUGAUGACGUCAAGAAGGCUUUCGGCAUCAUUGACCAGGACAACAGCGGCUUCAUUGAGGAGGAUGAGCUGAAGCUGUUCCUGCAGAACUUCAAGGCCGGUGCCAGGGCUCUGACCGACAAAGAGACCAAGGCCUUCCUGUCUGCUGGUGACAGUGAUGGUGAUGGCAAGAUUGGAGCUGAAGGUACAUGAAAAAUGCCAUUUUGA